AUGCAUCUCAUCCUCACUGGAGCCACAGGCCUCGUCGGCUCAGGCGUUCUUGAUGCCAUGAUCAAGAUGAAGGACGUCACAAAGAUCUCUGUACUUAGCCGGAAGCCAAUCCCUAUGGCCGAGAAUGCCAAAGAUCCCCGCAUCAAUGUCAUCAUCCACAAGGACUUUGGAAAGUACGAUGCGGAAGUGCUCGACAAGCUCAAGGGCGCGAACGGUGCUGUCUGGGCCCUUGGUAUCAGCCAGAACAAGGUCAGCAAAGAGGAAUACGUCAAAAUCACAAAGGACUAUACCUUGGAAGCGGCAAAAGCCUUUGCCAGCCUGCCGCCCGAAAACGAGCCCUUCCGCUUCAUCUACGUCUCAGGCGAGGGCGCAACGCAGAAGCCGGGCCGCUUCAGCGCCAUCUUCGCCCGGGUCAAAGGCGAGACUGAGACCCUUCUCUCCGAGAUGCGUGCCGCGAACCCGCGCCUGCGCACCGAGUCUGUCCGCCCUGCUUUCGUAGAUAAGGCCGGCCACGCGGCUGUCGAGGCCUACGCGCCGAACCCGGGCGCGUUGUACAACGCCAUGAACACGCUCCUGGGCCCUGUGACGCGGACACUCGCGCCGUCCUUUGUCAGCCCGACGGAUAUCUUGGGCCAGUUCAUGACAGAGAUGGCGAUGGGUAAGGUCGAUGACGGGCUCGCGGCUGGGGGAAAGGGGAUCAUCACACUGAAUGGUGGACUAAGGAUCGUUGAGAAUGUUGGGUUCAGAAGGUUGGCUGGUUUGCAGUGA